AUGGAGAGAGAAAGAAGGAGCGGGGGAGGUGGGGUCCAGAUUGUUGCCGACAUUGAAGCUACUUUCCAGUAUUUUCGAGAUGGAGUAGAUGCGAGGGGAAGAAAGAGUUUCUCGCCGAUUCAAAAAUGCACGUCGGCAAUUAAACUACUUUCAACGGGUGAACCGGCAGACAACUAUGAUGAUUAUCUAUGUAUGGCCGAAAGAACAAGUCGGGAAUGUCUCGAGUAUUUUUGUGACGCGGUCAUUCAUUUGUACAAGAGGGAGUAUUUGCGCAGGCCGACAUCCCACGACGUCGCCUUGCUGUACAAUGCGCAUGAGGCGCGACACCAUCUGCCAGCGUAUCCGCAUCCAGUUGAUCCAAAGGAAGUGAAAUUCAAGCGAGUGCAGGAGGCGGCGAGAAAAGAUGUGGAACGGGCUUUUGGGGUGCUUAAGGGAAAAUGGAAGAUUUUGGAACGUCCAAUCCGGAUUAUGGAUAAGGAGAAAAUAGGGAAAGUCGUCGAAACAUGUUGUGUAUUGCAUAACAUGAUCAUAAAGGACGACGGGAGGGCUAUCUCACCGGUUCAUAUAAUGGAUUCACUGGUUCCUGCAGCUUACGAUCCUAGAGUUCUACGGGAAUUACAUGACGAAAACGUCCAUCAUCGUCUUCGGUAUGAUUUAACGGAGCAUGUAUCGACGUUGGAUUUGGCAUACCUCGAUGACCCAGCAGCUCAACCACCACCAAUCGAGGAUUUGAUUUAG